AUGGAAAUCUCAGAUUCUUCCCGUCCUCCGGAUCCUGCUCAGCUUGCAUUUGAAUCUGGCCGAACACGACGGUUGAUCAUUGCAUCCUACUGGAUCACCAUUCUCCUUGCUCUACCUCUCUGGUGGACAACCACAAGCAUUGAACGAAAAUCACUACCUGCGGCUCGUGUAUUCGCUCAGCAACACCGAGAGCUGAUUUUCCCCAUCCAUGUGCACCUGAAUUCUUCAGAUAGCUCUAUUCACACCGCUACUCUAGCGCAAGAAGUGCAAAACUACCUAGACACUAAUGCAGAGCUGCAGCAUGGAAGCGGGCUGCAUAUUACGAUCUCGCCCAACGAAACAACCUCUGAUGGGUAUCAGGUGCUCCUGGAAAGAGGGGAACAAGAGCCGAUGCUAGAGAAGCGGAGCCUGCAUUUAGCCGUUCAUCCAGAGGUCCAUGACAGUUCAUCCCAGAUGCUAGCCAUGGAAGUUGCUGAUACUCUGGCAACGUUGAUAUCUCCGUACACCACAUUACGGAGCCCGCAUGCUGAACGCGUCGUCAGCUACGCGCCUCGUUAUCGCCUGGCGUUCACUCUCCUCAACGAAGAUGCAGCUUCUGACAAUGCUGCAUUGUCUUGGGAUGUGCGGGAAUCACUAUCCAGGCAUAUUCAGCCGGUCCUCGAUCGACUGUCGAUGCUGCAUAACUUCACGAUAGAGAGUCAAGUGCAGUUUCAUGCCCCAUUAGCAUUCCAGCCUCGCACCAUACAUCACAAUGGACAGAUAGCCUACGGUCUGACUCAGGAAGAUCUGACCGUGUUCAUUAACUCGGCUGAAUGGACUCUUUCCUCGAGCGUUUCGAAUGACCCUGUUCUACACUUCAUCAUGUUCGUUCCGUCAUCGCGUCAUAGUCCUCUGUAUAUUCUCGGUGACAACGCUGUAGCCAGCAGCUUACACCUUGUAGGCUCUCCCUUGUCUUCCAAUGCCUUCAUCCUGCCGCAAUGGGGCGGCAUAGUGCUCUUCAACCCACCUUCCACGAACACCACCCUGCACCUACCAGCGUCCGCACUAAAUGCAAUAUUCGCCACCUUUCAUCGCCAGCUCAAGAUAUUGCUUGGCGUUCCUGCGCUCCCUGCAUAUAUGCGUCCCCGUUUUCUUGGCUCUGCAGGAAUCACAGAUUGGCAGCUAGAUACAUUAACCCGGAGGCGAGCUGCUGAGAAUGCCAUCGUCGCUCAGGGAACGCUGGAGAGUACUGUCCGGCUCGUAUCUCAAAUCGGGAAUAUGCCUGUUGGGCAAGACGUGAAAGGCGACGUACAGGAGGCACUAACAGCGCUCGAAAAGGCUCAUGAAAUUACGUCCUCUUCCUCUGCAUCGUCACUUCAAUUUGCCGGCAAGGCCUCCGCACUUGCUUCACGGGCAUUUUUCAAUCCGGGAAUGCUGGCGCUGCUGUAUUUUCCUGCAGAGCACAAGUUCGCCGUUUACACACCGCUAUUUGCAUCUAUAGCUGCCCCGCUUGUUGCCGCUGUCAUCAGGGAGCUUUUAACAUGGAGAAAGGCGAGAAGAUUGUCGAUUAAGGAGAAAACUGGAGCGAACGUUGAAAGACCGAAGGCCGAAUAG